CUUCACCUUCCACUGUCUCUCUUAAGGUUGCAGAGAGAAGGAAGAGAGAGAGAGACAGAAAGCGAGAAGGAAGAGAGAGAAAAUGAGACUUGCAUCGACGACCUCCAAUCCCUGAAAUCAAAGCUUCUUCUUCGGGUUCCUAUCUGCUACUUCGCCCACCACUGAGAAAGUGGUGAAUGAUGCCAGCUAAAUCUAAAGAUGAAGAUCCGCAUAUAAAACAGGGUGCUCAGACACUGUUGCAACCUAUUUGCUCCCAACCUUGGUGGCGUGGAGUGGGGAAUGGUUCUGCAUCAUCUUUGGUGGAUCACAGUAAUAGUAUGGUCAUGAAUGGAGCAAUGCAGGCACAACCUAAUGCUAGGCUGGACGGUGGUGUGGCCAACUUCCACAAAGAAUUGCGGACUACAGUAGGAUCACAGUCUGACGGGAAUAAUGGAAGUGAAAACGAACAUAUCAAAAGCGUUUCGUCGUCAGUGGUUCCUGCAUUGGGUGAACACGUGGAUCCAAAUUCACAAAUGGAACUUGUUGGCCACUCAAUUGUUAUGUCAUCAUAUCCGUAUUCAGAUCCACAAUAUGGUGGGAUGUUGACUCCUUAUGGGCCACAAGCUAUGUUGCCUCCCCACUUCUAUGGUAUGCAUCCUGGUAGAAUGCCUUUGCCCCUUGAUAUGGAAGAGGAGCCUGUGUAUGUAAAUGCGAAGCAGUACCAUGGUAUUUUGAGACGAAGACAGUCACGUGCUAAAGCUGAGCUUGAAAAGAAACUUAUAAAAGCUCGAAAGCCUUAUCUUCACGAGUCUCGACACCUACAUGCAUUAAGAAGGGCAAGGGGCUGUGGAGGCCGCUUCCUUAAUACAAAGAAACAAGAUGCCAAUGACGAGAAUUCCUCGUUAGAAAAAGGCAUGAAUUUGGAUGGAAACCAUUCAGCCCAAUCCGCCUCAAAUGUCCAGCAAGACGGAUCAGGUCCAUGGUUCAGGACACACAACCACCACACACACUCUAAUGGUAAUGGCAACGAUCAUGGCCCAUCAUCAGCAUACCCUUCCACGUUCAGUGACAGCAGGGAAAACAUGCAGUUGAAAGGGUUGUCUCGUGGGGCCAUUCCCAGUAAAUGAGGUCCCUCUACGAGGUGAAGCUCAAGGCGUGCACGGUGUCUCUUGGGGGAAACCCGGCUGUGCAAUGUCUCUAUCAGGCAAAUCAUUCUUGGCUUUGGUUACUUUGUAACUGUUGGAGUGGUGCGGAAGUAGAUAGGCGGCGGGGUGCGUGUCGUCUUCAGACUGCCAUCACUUGUGCACUCGCUUCUGUUGUAGAAACAGUAAAGAAAGGCAUCAGUUGGAAACUUAAAACCAGAAAAUUAGUUGUGAACGUGUAGAUUCUGAACACUGCAGUUGUGUUUCGAUUUUCGAAUGCGUGUGGUGACUUCGGUUUCGGACAAAAUUUAGGGUUGUGGUAACUCUUGAAAAGACUAUUUCCCUUCCCUGGAGGGGAGAAUUUGAUCUGUGUUUCUAAAUGUAGCUAUUGUUCUAUCUUAUGUUUGACUAAUAUCUGAUUUCUCAAGGGUCCAACUACUUUCUGAGGCA